CUGGUGCGGGAGGCCACACGGGCGGGCGGGAUGCUUACGCGCUGCCAGCAGCACGCACGCGGCCUGUCUGCUCGGAAGCCCAGCGCACAGUCCCCGCCUGUCCCCCUGGCUUCCAGGAAAUUCUCUACGGAUUUUAUUUCACGUGACCAUUUCCCAAGAACCAGCCGGUCUGGGCCAAACCGACGCUUGCUCGAGGCCAGCCACUGCUGCGGGGUGCAGUCCCUGUGCCGUGGCUGGGGUGGGGGGGCAGGCGGGCCUGCAGGCUGUGCUGCUGCCUCCUGGCUCUGUGCCCCGCCCACCCCAGGGACAGCACUGACCCAAGGCCCAGCGUGCGUCCCAGAAGGUACACCUGUGUCCUGAGUUUCUGCCCAAAUGUCUGCUCGGUUCACUUCAGCCAGCUGCCCCAGCACCAUGUGGAGCUGCGGUCCGCUCAACGGCACGGGUCGGGGCGAGGACCAGCCCCUCUGCCAGCACGCCCAGCUGGUGCUGUCCGCCUUCUCCCUGCUCUACCUGGCGGUCGGCGUGCCCGUGGGCCUGGGCUACAACGCGCUGCUGGUGCUGGCGAACCUGCAGGACCAGGGCAGCAUGACCAUGCCCGACGUCUACUUCGUGAACAUGGCCGUGGCCGGCCUGGUGCUCAGCGCCCUGGCGCCCGCGCACCUGCUGGGCCCCAGCGCCUCCGGGUGGGCCCUGUGGGGCUUCAGCAGCGAGGCCCACGUGACGCUGCUGGUCCUGUUCAACGUCUGCUCCCUGGUGACCAUGUACUCCACGGCCCUGCUCAGCCUCGACUACUACAUCGAGCGGGCGCUGCCCCGCACCUACAUGUCCAGCGUCUACAACAGCCGGCACGUGUGCGGCUUCGUCUGGGGCGGCGCCCUGCUCACCAGCUUCUCCUCCCUGCUCUUCUACAUCUGCAGCCACGUGGCGGCCCGGAUCGUCGAGUGCGCCAAGAUGCAGCACCCGGAGGCCGCCGACGCCAUCCUGGUGUUCAUCGGGUACCUGGUGCCCGGCCUGGCUGUGCUCUACGCCCUCGUGCUCAUCUCCCGGAUCCGCAAGGAGGACACGCCCCUCGACCAGGACUCGGGGAGGCUGGACCCCUCGGUGCACAGGCUCCUGGUGGCCACCGUGUGCACACAGUUUGGGCUCUGGACGCCGCACUACCUGACCCUCCUGGGGCACACGUCGCUGGCCCUGCGCGGGGGGGCGGUGGCCGGGCAGCACCCGGGGACACUGCUCUUCGCGAAGGACCUGUCCCGGGGCCUGGCCUUCUCCAGCAGCGCCGUGACGCCGCUGCUGUACCGCUGCAUCAACAAGAGCUUCCCCGGCAAGCUGCGCCGGCUGGCCAAGAAGAUGCCCUGCGGGCGCCAGAGCUGCCCCGCGGACCAGGCAGGGGUCCAGCAGGUGCUGGCGUAGACGGCCAGCAGCACGGACCAGCCAGAGGCGCCGCUGGUGCACAGCCUGCGGGCUCAGUGCAUGCCCACCGACCGGGUCUGAGCCCGGGGGAGGAGGGGCCGGCGCUCAGCCAGUCACAGCACUUUGCCACCUGUAGCUCUGUCGCCGUCCCCGCAGGGAAGCGCCGAGGCGAGAACACACCACAGUACAGGCCAGGGCUCUGGACCAGGGGCCUGUGCGGAGGGGAGCCGCGCUCAGGCCGGCUCCUGGAGGCGGCGUCCCCCCAGCGCCCUCCCACGGGCUUCACGAAUGCAGUGACGGAAAUGAAAGCCAGUAUUUACACUCUGUGUUGCUGGAGUGCUUGACCCCCGCCUUAGGUUUAUAAAGAUGCUUGAAAGAAAAGCCACGGAGCAUUCCAAUGAAGGACACAGGACACAGCACAGACGUGGAUGGGGCGCAGCCGGGGCCACCACAGGGUCCUGUCGAGGGCGAGGCCAGGCGUGCGUGUCCCACGUGGGACUGUGACCCGCUGGGGCCCGGGACUGAGCGCCUGGUCUGGAGGCUGGGACGGCAGGUGACCUCGCUCCCGAGCACAGACCUUGGCCCCCACGCUGCCGCCGCCACCGGCCGCCAGGUCCGCGUCAGUGGACGCUGCGUGACCGGAGUGAGGCUGGCCUACUUUCGAGAAGUGGCUGCAUGGGGUCGGAGGAAAGCGGGGUUCACCCUCCUCCUGCCUCCAUCCAGGCUGUUCUGUAAGCAGCCACUUUGCACUUGACGGCCCCCCCGUCGCCGCCCCCAAGUCCUUACGACAGAAUCCAGGCUCGUAACCCUCUGAUGCCAGUUUCGAAACCCAAAAGCCUAUGAACAGGAAGAUUUUUCAAGCUUGCAGAAAAUUCAUUUGGUAGCAAACCCUGACGUGAGUGGUGCCGUGUCUUUGGGAGGAAACAGUGACCGACGCUGGGUUGCCCCUCCCGUGCUGACAGCCUGGAGACGCGGCCCGCAGACAGGUGUGUCCAGGGUAGUGCAGAGCGUGCCUGCCUGCCCAAGAAGUGCCAGGACCCCGGCCCCAGUCCUUCCACACCAGGCACAGCCUGUGCCCCGCCCAGGCCUGCAGGUGCCGCAGGCCAACCCCACCCCCUCCAGCCUAGGCACCAGGGCUGCACGAGGGGCCCGUCAUGGCUCCACCCGGGGACCCGGUGGAGUGAGUGCGGCUGUGGCGGCGCUCCCCUCCCCUGCGCGCGCGCUGCUGCUGCUGCGGCUCAGUCUGCAGGCUCCAGGCCAAGGCCAUGGGCCCCGGCACAGCGGGCCCUGGUCAGGGAGGCGGUCGGUAUAAAUAAAAGCCCCUCCUGGUCUGUCUCCCCUGCUCCCGCGCAGGAGCCCUGGGCCAGGGGAUCCUGAGUGCCUAGCGUCUGCCCACAGCCCUGCCCUGCAGCCCAGCUGCUCUUCCCCAAACAGGGUAGGGCGCCUCAAAUCACGUUUUUCAAUGUCAUUUCUCAGUGGUUUUGGCUACUACCUGGCUCGUUCCUGGGGGCCUCCUGGGAGCCUGGGCGGGCUGCUGGCUCUGUCCCAAAGCCCACGCGCUGGAGUGUCCGCGGCGCUGAGAGCUCUUCCUGGUGGGGCACCAGCCCGCGGCAGACUGGGCCCCGCGGCAGACCCUCCCCUCUCACAGGGACCCUCUCCACUGCUCUCCUGGGCACCAGGAGAGACCUCACCUUCUCCGCCCCGCCCCCGCCUGCUGCCCACCCACCCUGCACACCUGGAUGACCUGCAGGCCCACCUGCCCUUCUUCCGGAAGGUCUGACCCGCGCUGUUGCCAAAGAAUGGGAGGAAUUGAGCUGCGCAGAGGAGAGCGAGGAGCUACUGGGAGUAGCCAACAGAGUGUGCACUCAGUCCUGCUUUCUUAACUGACCAGCCCUAUGUGUGAGUUUGCACGAUGCCAGGAUACAAGCUCUCACUUUACGCCCAAGGUCACUCAUUCUACCAGCACUUCUUGACUAUUGUAAUUUUUAAGUUAAUUAUCUUUCUUUUGUUCACAAAAACUCAUCUACCUUGUCAUGCUUCACAAGAAGUUAUACUGCAUGUCAAGCUCUUGAAUUUAAAAUCAGUUGGAAUUGGAGGCUUCCUCAUUUGUAAGCUGUGACAGCUGCCCCGGGGGCCACACCAUCUGCCUGAAGUUCUAUGUAUUUGAGAAACUGCUGAGGAAAGUCCCACACGUCGGGAGGCUAUUAAAUUAUUUGAUACUUA